AUGUCCCUCGGCGCGCCCACGAGCAGCGACGCCUGCCUGAGCAUCGUGCACAGCCUGAUGUGCCACCGGCAGGGCGGGGAGAACGAGACCUUCGCCAAGCGGGCCAUCGAGAGCCUCGUCAAGAAGCUCAAGGAGAAGAAGGACGAGCUCGACUCGCUCAUCGCUGCCAUCACCACCAACGGCGCCCACCCCAGCAAGUGUGUCACCAUCCAGCGCACCUUGGACGGGCGGCUCCAGUGUCGGGGCGAGGGCGACGUGUGGAUGCGGUGCCUGAGCGACCACGCCGUCUUCGUGCAGAGCUACUACCUGGACCGGGAGGCCGGGAGAGCCCCCGGGGACGCCGUGCACAAGAUCUACCCCGGCGCCUACAUCAAGGUGUUUGACCUGCGCCAGUGCCACCGCCAGAUGCAGCAGCAAGCGGCCACAGCCCUGGCCACAGCCCAGGCUGCGGCCGCCGCUCAGGCUGCCGCCGUGGCCGGCAACAUCCCGGGUCCCGGCUCAGUGGGAGGCAUCGCGCCCGCCGUGGGGCUUUCGGCGGCGGCAGGGAUCGGCGUGGACGACCUGCGGCGGUUGUGUAUCCUGCGGCUGAGCUUUGUCAAGGGCUGGGGGCCCGACUAUCCCCGGCAGAGCAUCAAGCACACGCCGUGCUGGAUCGAGGUGCACCUCCACCGCGCACUGCAGCUGCUGGAUGAGGUCCUGCACACCAUGCCUGCCGCCGAGCCGGGCCCCCUGCGCUAACCCUCGCCCCUCUUAACUUAAUUUUUGUAAGA